CUGUGAGUCACAUCUGUAGAGGAAGUCCAGAGUCAAGACAAAAAACCCGCCUCUAACUCAAGCGUGGAAACAGUUGCAUUUAACACCGAGAGGAAACAGAGAAAGAGUGAGAGCUUGUACCAGUGUCGGCGUGAUGGCAGCGGUGUGAACUUUGUUUCCCUUUCCAGACGUGGGGAUGCAACUAUUCACAAUUAAUGGGGGAUCUUCAGUGCUUAAAACCAAGGCCUCCAGAUCCAGCAGAGGGCAGCGUUUCAUAAACUGGGAUCAGGUUUUUCUGCCUCUGAAACACGGAAAAGGAGUCGCUGACACAAACAUGAAGCAGAUUCGCUCUGUGAGAGAGUAGUUUGGGUGUUUUUUACUUUCCAAACCUCCCUUGGACAGUAUUGCUCAUUCCUGUGUGCGUUACCAAAGUAGCGGAGCGUUGACAUACCACACACAGCCAGGUUGGUGCGUAAUUUUAUGUUUUAAACCGGUCAGUUUGGGGUUUUCUUAAAACCGAAAGUAAAGUGAAGCCAUGGCUGACAGCAUGGAUGAGGAAAUGCCGGAGGAGCCUUUGCCGCUGCAGCAGGACCUGACCUGCCCCGUGUGUCAGGGCAUCUUCCAGGACCCCGUGCUGCUGCCGUGCACCCACAGCUUCUGCCGGGAGUGUCUGCAGAGAAGUUUUCAGUUCAGCAAGAAGUGUCCCGUGUGCAGAGACGUGUUUGAGGAAGGGCAGUCCAUCUCCAACCGCGCUCUCAGCAGCGCGUGCGAGACUUUCCUCAAGCAAUCGAACUCGCGGACAAACCGGAAACGGGCCUGCAACGAGGACACCUGUAAGCUGCACCUGAAGCCGCUGGAGCUGUACUGCGAGAAGGAUGAGGAGCCCGUGUGUGUGGACUGUGUCACUCUGCACAACACACACAGGCUGUGGUCACUGAGAGAGGGGGCACCGAUGUGUAAGAAAGAGCUGAGCUUCAAAGUCCAGAUUUUUGAAAAGAAAGUGGAGUCAUACAAGAAAAUGAGCCGUAAACUCAGCAACGCAGUGGAGUACAUCAAGUAUCAAGCUGGGCUGGCAGAGAGGCAAAUUAAGGCAGAGUUUGAGAGGCUCCACACGGCGCUUGUCACAGAGGAAGCUUUGCGUCUAAAAGCCCUCGCUUCAGAGGAGGAGCUGAAGAUUGCUGCCAUACAGGAGCUGAUCAACAACACAAACAAAGACAUUGAAGCCCUGAACAAGCUCAGCGAUACUCUGAAGAAAGAGAUGGGCAACGAGGAUCUACCUCUUCUGCGGAAUUUCCAGAAGUUAAAGAGAGAAGCCCAGUGGACUCGGGAAGAACCUUGUCUCCAUAACAACUCUCUUUUGAACAUGGGCAAACACGUUGGUGCUUUGAGUUUCAACAUCUGGAAGAACAUGCAGGCCCAAGUCAAAUAUAAUCCAGUGGUGUUGAACCCAAACACAGCCUCUCCGUGGCUGUCCAUUACUGCCGACCUUUCCAGUGUGAAGGAAAGCUCAGAGCGCCUGACCACCCCAGACAACCCAGAGCGCUUCGACCCCUGCGUCUUUGUCAUGGGUGCUGAAGGUUACACCUCCGGGAAGCACAAAUGGGAUGUCAUUGUUGGUGACAACCCCAAGUGGGUUGUGGGAGUUUGCAAAGAGUCUGUGCCCCGUAAAAAGAAGUUCACUGUCUCUACAAACCGUGGUGUGUGGUCUAUAGGACUGAGCAAAGGGGUGUACACCGUGUCAACACCUGAGCGUACGGAGCUCAAGGUGCAGCAGCGCCCCGAAAGGAUCCGCGUUAAGCUGAAUAUAGAUAAGGGAGAGGUGUCAUUCUGGGAUGGGGGAACAGCAAAGCAUCUUGUGACCUUAACACACAAGUUUGAUGAGAAGAUGUAUCCUAUUUUUGGUCCAGGGCUUCACACUGCACCCAUGAUUCUGGCUCCGGCAAAAAUAGCUGUACACACCUCAUGAUGGGUCAGUAUAAUGCAGAGGGAUUGUUUGUUAACCUAAAGCAGAAGGAUUGAAAAUAAUAAUAAUAAAAUAAGCCUUUUUUAAAUAACAGAUUAGCAUAACUACACUUCACACAGGGAUGGUUUACAAAUCAGUGUUGCAAAUAAAAUGUUAAAAUCUGCCAAUGAAAAGCAAUGAAGCAUGAAAUUGAGGAAGCUGAAAAAUAUAUAAAUGAGCAUGUUAACUGAGACAUAAAAUAUACUUGAGUUGGAUUAUUGAAGAAUAUAAAAGACAGUACAGGUUUCAAAAAAAAGACUGGAAUUUAUUUGACAUUAGUCAUUUAUGCCAAACCUGAAAGUCAGCCUCAUCAUUCCAAAUAAAUUUGGCUUAUUAAUCAAAAGUCCUGUACCUGCAUGAUACACAUUGCUGAAUAUCAACGCCGUACAGGAAAUUGGAAAAACUUAGAUGUGAGGAUUGUCUCAGGGUGAGAAGAGAAUAACAAAGACUGCAUUUUUUGGAUGUGCCUUAGCUGAAUAAAACUGGAUUGACCUGUCUUUUGUCCCUUUAUUGUGGAAAGACAGACCAGAAUAAAAAUUAAAAAGAGAUAUCAAAAUAAUUGGCAGCAUGGCUGAUGCUUGUGGCCAAUACUGAUGAAGUCUGGAGAGGUGAAUUAAACAGUCUCAGUCUUGAUUUAUCAUUGUGCUGCAGGAAAUCUGUGAUAUUAUGUGAGAGGUCAAUUAUGGAAAGUGUGUGAACAUAAUAGAAGUUGCUUGCUUCAGUUGGUUUGGGGGCUGUCACGGUAAUAGCUAUGUUAUCUUUACAUUUUGAAUCAUUUCUGUUCUAUUAGCAAUCAUUUGAAUGCAGUGUCUUUAUGUUUGGGAAAUGUGUUUUAAUAAUAGCACUUUUAUAUUUUUUAUUGAUUGUGCUUAAAUGUUAUGGUCUAAAAUAAUUGUAUUUGAUUGCUGUUCAGUGCACACUACACAGUGUUGGACUGGAAAUAGUUUUGCUCAGCAGGACACAUCUUAGGCAAUACUUUGAAGUUGGAUACACUACUACUAUUGCUCUGAUUCUGUAUAUGGUGUGCAAAAAUAUGAAGUUGCUAUCAUUGUGUGAACAAUUGUUCAAUAAAGAUACAUAUGGUUAUGAUCAAA